AUGGGUGACGAACAGUCCAAUGCAAGGGGGCCGAAUAGACCUGGGGACUCUAUGAUACUUGGAGACUGGCUCUCAACCGCUACCUGUUUGUGGGCCGAGAAGUAUUUUCGCCCUCCUACACGCCCCGUGUACCACGCCGUUCUCCAAUUCCCUGUGCGACCCUUGGUCGUCACAGCUGCAGUUCCCUUCAAUCCUUCCAGGUACCAGUGGGGCAAGAGUGACUGGACUGGCCUGUGGGGUACCGUUGGGGCAGGAGUUUCCCGUUGUGUCGCUCACUGGAAUCCCUUUUUUGUUUUCCCCCCGUCAUCCUCCAGGACGCAAGACGACGACAUCAUUCAUCAUCAUCGCCACAACCUCCACCACUUCGACAGCCAGACUCCUCCCCCCCUCCUUCCCCUCUCUUUCCAGGAGUUACUUCUGAGUGCAAACAACGGAUACGGCAACCAUCUGACCUCAACUCCUGUUGUACCCUACGACUACGUUUACGCUUCUCUCACACCGUUGACUGCUCACAUCUCCCGUCAAAAGGUCACCAAGAGCUGCGGCCACCCACCCGCCCACGCGAGUUCCCUGUCUCCUAUCACAUCACCACCCCCACACGUCCCUGGAAGCAGACGCCCGAAACCCCCUCGCAGUACUGCAACGAACGCUGGCGCCCCAAACAUCGCGAGGAACAGUUCUGUAGGAGGGCAGUCUUGUCGAUCAGAUCUCAAGCCAUCGUUCCACCAUCUCGUCUUUCGCUCCUUCCGACGCAUCGUCCAGGUCGAGAAAUUACGGCCUUCUCUUUGUUGUUACUGCUUGUUUCGGUUCUCCCCUGCCACCAUGGACAGGUCGACCAACUCGUCCACAGGCAGCCUGAACGCUGACCCUCAAGAGUCUUCUGGGCUGCCUGACGCGUCGCGCGUUCCUUCGUCGUCCACUCUUCGGAGCCGAUACUCCAAAGAUUCCUCUAACAGCAACUCGCUGAACCGGUCUCCGCUUCCAUCUCGAGAUCCUUCCCCAUCUCGACUACAGCCUUGGUCAUCUGCUACCGCCAACACAUCCAGGUCUAGGAGGAACAGUCAAAACGACACGAGUCCGACCCGCACUCCUAAGCCUACCAUCUCAGCGCCACCUCUGGGCUCAAGGACCCUUUCCCCAGCCACGACGCCCACCCUCCUCCCAGUCUCACAGGACAGCAGAAACCGGCCUGCUGCAGCCCCGCAGAAGGCAUCCGAUCACGGCCGGGCGAGAGAAAACCCUCGCUGGCCCGUCUCUCCUCGCUUGCGCUCGCCUCCUCCUCAGCUCAACAGACCCGUCGUUGCUUCUCUGCGACGUAACGAAACCGACCCGCCGGGAAUCAGCCUGCAGCGCCCGACUCCCUCCAUAGAUAAUGCCCCGACCAUGUCCGAGAGCGAGACGGAAGACUCUCAGACGCACUCCGGCGUGCGUACUCCAGCCGUGGCGAACAGCUCAACUCUCGAGACGGUCCAAGAAGUCAGCCAGCCGAAUUCACCCGGUCCACUCGAUGCAGACUUGGAGAAGAUCAACGAGAAGCUGGCCGACGAAGCUUUGACCAUGCCCGCCUACCCUGUACUCGCAGAGAACAAGAAUCAUCUGAGGCUUGCACGGGGUACCGAGAGCGGAAUUGACAGCGCCAGCACCAGGGCGGAUUCGAGGAGGUCUCGAAGCUCUGCCCCUCCCCCAACAACAUCCCGGCAGUCCAGCGCUGUAUCGGCAAAGCAAGGCAAGAACAAGCCCCCGGGAGACGGACCGGCCCAGACCAUGAUCGUGGAAACCGAGACGGUAACGUCCAUUCCCCAAAUGGCUUUGGGGCCAGGGUCCAAAAUGGAGAACGGUGGCACUGGCACUCUCCGGGCAAAGCCGAGUACGGAGACCAUUAAACCCAAGAAGGAAAAGAAGAAGAACAGCCGCAAACAGCCGGCUGUGCCUGCUGGUACUGGUGAGACACCACACCUCUUGUCGAAUGUCGUUCAGUACAAGCUGCGCCAUCAUCAGUCGAUGCGAUCAGUGUCUGUAGCGACUGAUGUUAGCGUGUCCCCGACAAAGUCGUUGCAGGACGAGGCAAUCUCCCCGCACGGUCGAUUGCCCAACGUCGUUAGUUCAUACCAUAUUAGCAGUUUACUGACUAAGCCACGUCCAGCAUCCUCCAAGGCCGACAUUUUCGAAGCCAAGGUUGCGAGUGCCGUCGACGAAGCCGACUCGUCCGACUCGGAAGAGACAUUUGUCUACGACUCCAAUCCACCCGACGGGGGAGACCGGCCGCGCCGAUUUCACCAUUCGCGGACUCCGAGCGCCGCCUCCAUGGCUAGCCAGGUCGACCGCUCGGCCAUGCGAUCCAUCCAUGCUGUCAUGGAGAGUGGCGCCAACCAGGCCCCGCCCUUGAGGAAGGGGAUGAAAUUCGUCAACACCUUCGCCGGCGGUGAAGCUCCCAUGAUCGGCGAAGAGGAUGGCGACGGCAGCGCGCGGAGCACGACGGGCCCUGGGUCCGGUCGAGGCACCACCCGUCGCCAUCAUAACCACACGCACAUUGGCCGUUGGGGCCGUAACGGCGCCAACUCUCACACGUCUCUGUUCGACAAUGAAUCUCCUUUCCCCAACGCGGCGCGAUCCAAGCUUUCGGGUAACCAGUCUCGCCACUCGUCGAACCCUCCGAGCCCUCGGAUGACUCAUCAAACCUCCUCGACCCGUGGAGGCAUCAGUUCGGCAAAACGGUCGCUCAUGCCCGGGCAGUCUUACGAUCUGGACGAUACCACCGGGGCCGAUGACGAACGGACUCCGUUGAUCUCCCCCACGGUGCGGCGGGGACGGAAUAGGCGCAACUAUGUGGACCUGCGCCACCUCGAAUGCCAGACAUACAGGCAAAAACCUUCGUACCUCAACCGCUUUGCCGCAUGUUUGGUGGUCACGAUGAUGCUCCUGCUGGUCAUCACCGGGGCCAUCGGGUUCAUGUUCGCCACAUCACAGCCGCUCACGGAUAUCGAGCUUGUAUCGAUUAAGAACGUCGUCGCCAGCGAUCCGGAACUCAUGUUCGAUAUAGCGGUCAAAGCGCACAACCCGAACAUCGUCGUCAUUGCUGUCGACCAAGCCAAUAUCGAGGUGUUCGCCAAAUCCCCCCGUGCCGGAACCGACAUGGACUGGUGGAAGUCCCCACACGGUCCUAAUGACCACGACGGCACGGACUCCGAUAUCCACAUCGAGGACGAUCCACCUUAUGAACCACCCGAUGACGAGGCGGCUCCGAACAUGCAUCUCGGCACCAUUACCGAGUUCGACAGCCCUCUUUCGUUCGAGGGUUCUUUCUUUAAUAAGGGCGUGUCCACCUCUACCGGUGGUAUGAGGCUUUCCUUGCCCGGUAAUCACUCGGCGGGUGGCUCGGAACGUUGGGGACGCAUCAUACAGGAUGAUUUCGUACUCGUUCUCAAGGGCGUCGUGCGAUACACUCUUCCCUUGAGUCAACGAGUAAGGAGCGCAUCUAUAACUGGACGGACGACGGUCAAGCCAAACUCGGCCAGCAAUCCAUCCCUCAACACGACGCUACCCUGGAACGGGAGCGACCCCAAUCGAGGCGUUUUGCGGCAAAACUUUUCAACAUUGGGCGCAUUUGGCGCACGUAUGGGAUGGGCAGACGAUGAGGCGCUCCACGAGCUUCAAAUCCCCGAAGAGAAGAGGAGGGGCAAUAUUCGGAACCACACAACGUAUCAGAUGUUUCAAGUGGCGAAGCUCGGGAGCAAUCGGCAGCGUGGCAUUGUUUUCAUUCGUGGCAUGGCUACUGAUGGACAAAAGUGGCAACUACAGUGUAAUUGUAACGACCUCUAA